AUGCCUGUCGCUGAGCCAAAGAAGCGGGUUCUCACCCAAGCCCGCAGAGACCAGAAUCGGGCUGCACAGCGCGCGUGGAGACAAAGACAGAGAGAGCAGAAGAAGAUUGCCGUGAAAGGCAAUCAUAAACCAAUUCGCCUUGCGCCGAAGUCAACGGGUCCGACUCCUACUUCUACUUCUCCGGUGCAUUAUGGUUAUAUGACGGAUCGGCAGCAUGCUCCGAAUCGAAAUGGCUCGCAUGCUGCUGAGCCGCAGAAUAUUAAUGACCGCCCGGUUCCUGAAUUAUACUAUAGUCCCGAGGACAAGGAGUCGUCAUCGGAGAAUAAUAGCUCUCUCACGGAGAAAGACCUCGAUGGUUCCAGCCCGGAGGCUCUCGUCGAUGAUGAUUCACCAAGUGCCUUGAGCGUAUUCCUCCGUUCGGAAGAAGGUCAACAACUCAUCAACGUAACCCCCUCCGCGUCGACCUCCUAUAGCACUCUAGUCAUCAACUCCCUCCGAACCCUCCAACUUAAAGACACCCUGCACGUCCUCAACGCCGACCCAAUGCUAAACACGCUCCAAACGCCACACUCCAAAACUCUGUUAGCAAUGCUGAAUAACGCUCUCUGUCUCGGGUUUGAUAUUCACAAACUCAUGACUUGCCGCAAGACCUACAUGUCCCCCUUCUUCCGGGCUAUCUCCCCAACAGAUAACCCCCAGGAACUAGUAGCGUCAACCUUGAAUCAGUCCAUCCCCAUCCAUCUACAGCCGACAAUGGCCCAGAUUCUUGUUCCGCACCAUGCUAGUUUGGAUCUCAUUCCGUUGCCUUUGCUUAGGGAGAGGGUUAUCAUGUUGGCGUUUGCUAUGCCGCAGGUUUUUGAUCUGUGGGAUUUCAAGUUGGAUAUUUAUGUUAGGCACGCGCUGACGAUGAAAUUGGACGGGGAACGGCUGCCUUGGGAUCGGAGAUGUUGGGAGAUGAAGGGCUGGUUUGGGAAGAAGUGGGGAGUUAGUCUGUGCGAAUGA